AUGAUCAACUAUGUGUUUUUUGAAACACAUAAAGAUAAAGAUCCAGCAGAGAGUUCUAAAAUUGUCAAUAAACGCAGUACUUACUUUUUUAUAGGAUUAUCACAUUUUGACGUUCUAGAGAACUUUAUCUGUCGCCGAAUUAAUUACAUAUAUUUUGUGGCUUCGAUUUUAUUUGAUUUUAAUGCCAUAACCUGUCCCAUUUACGACGACCGAUAUGACCGCGACCUCAUUUUCAGUUGCAAGUGCACAUGUUUCGCGGGUGAGCUCAGUUGCAACGUGACCACGUGCAAUGACUAUGAUGGAGUCUGCAGAAAGGCGAAUGAGACGUGGACCGACAAAGAUGACACUUGUAAGGAGUACUCAUGUGCCGAGAAUGGUACAGUUAUAGAGAUAACUCCUGACUAUAACUGCAGUGACAUCAUCGAACAGUGUGUGGAUAGCGGAGGAGAGUUGUCGGAUGAGAUAAACCCUGACACUUGUUGUCCCGGCUGCUACCACCCGCCGCCCUGUGACACAAAGAGGAAGAAUACCACCCUCUCCGUCGACAAUUAUGGACAGAAUUGUGUUACGAAUGGUACUGUUACCAUUGAGUACUGUUCGGGUGAAUGUGGCGAGACUUCUAAGGUAUUGGACGAGGCCAAAUUGACCAAUGAGGGAGUUAUCGACUUCGUAACCGACUGCAGAUGUUGCCAAGGAGUGUUCGACAAUAUUAUUGUCGAAUUCAGUUGUCCUGACGGCGACAUCAUUACUCGAGAACUCCCGAUCGCAGUGCAGAGUUGCGGGUGUACGACUGGGUGUCCCGACAAGCAACCGGAUCUUCCUCUGCCUUCGACCCUUUUGAUGCCAACAUUCCUUUAAAGAGGCAGAAAAAAAAUACAAAAAAGUGAAAUAUAAGUUCUGCAAAAAUUAUGUAAAUGGUAUUGAAAUUAUUUAAAUGUGACGGUUAUCAUGAAGAUGUGAUUCGAAAACCAAAAAAAAAGAAGAAAUUCCAAAUGAACCAGACAUGAACUGAGAAAUAUGUAUGAAUUUCUAAAAUUGUAUCUGAUUUAUUGGUUGAAGUAUUUGAAUUUGGCUGAGGAAAUAAAGCGGUGAAAGCAUUUACUCUAAUGAUAAUUUUCGGGCAAUUAAAUCAAUUUCAAAUAAA